CACCACAUAAAAGGAAUCCUCAUUUUAGGAAUUUAAAUCCAUAUAUAGGACCACUCCUCCACGUACAAAUAGCAAGCCCACAUGAAUUGAGAUCACCCAGACGAAUAUUUAUUUUCCAAAAGAGGAAGAAGAAGUUGAUAAAUUUGAUCACAAUAGUUGAGAAAUUAUCGAUCGAGUAUGUUGGAAGGGAAGGCAGUUGUAGGUGAGACUGAUAUGCUGGAGGCCAUGCAGCAUGAUGCUCUUCAUUUAGCAGCUAAGGCACUCGACUCCUUUGAUGUCACUGACGCCACCGAAAUUGCUCGAUUCAUUAAGAAGGAAUUUGACAGGAUAUAUGGAAAUGGUUGGCAAUGUAUUGUGGGGACGGACUUUGGUUCAUUUGUGACUCAUUGCUCAGGCUGUUUCAUCCAUUUUUGCAUAGGCAGUCUUGCUAUUUUGCUCUUCAAAGGAUCUACUGCCCUUCAAACCGAAUCCCAAUCCCAACCAAUACUAGAAGCUUCCACUCUCAACCCCAAAGCCUAAUCAUUCAUCUUCUACUACCUUAACCAAUACUAGCUAGAGGCUUUCUGUUUUUUUUUUUUUUUUAAUGUUAAUAUGAAUUAGAUUUCUAAUUUCAGCAGUGCCUGUUUGUUAUACUUCUUGUUUAUGUGGUUUUUGUUAGAAAUUGGAGCUGUACAGUAUUCUACUUUUCUGAUUCCAAAAUCAACACUUCCUCUCUA